GCCGAGUUCAGCUCGCGCUUUGUUGCCCGGGCGGUUCCUCCAUUCUGUCCCGCGCGCCCACCUUACCAGACUUCCUCUGGAAGGGAAGAUCUUUGAGCAGCCCUUUAAGCGAGCGUUGGGGCAAAGGAUUUGGAGAAACCCGGGACUAAAGUCACCUUUAUCCUUUUUUAAGCCCUACCUCGGCACCUCACUCACUCCAUGGCAGUUCCCGAGGCCCGCCCCAACCACACUAUUUAUAUCAACAACCUCAAUGAGAAGAUCAAGAAGGAUGAGCUGAAGAAGUCCCUGUAUGCCAUCUUCUCCCAGUUUGGCCAGAUCCUGGAUAUCCUGGUAUCCCGAAGCCUGAAGAUGAGAGGCCAGGCCUUUGUUAUCUUCAAGGAGCGCAUCCAGUAUGCCAAGACUGACUCAGAUAUCAUUGCCAAGAUGAAGGGUACCUUUGUGGAACGGGACCGCAAGCGAGAGAAGAGGAAGCCCAAGAGCCAGGAGACCCCAUCUGCCAAGAAGGCUGUGCAGGGUGGGGCAGCUGCUCCUGUGGUGGGGGCUGUCCAAGGGCCUGUCCCGGGCAUGCCUCCAAUGACACAGGCACCUCGCAUCAUGCACCACAUGCCAGGCCAGCCACCCUACAUGCCGCCCCCUGGCAUGAUCCCGCCGCCAGGCCUUGCACCUGGCCAGAUCCCACCAGGGGCCAUGCCCCCACAGCAGCUUAUGCCUGGGCAGAUGCCACCUGCCCAGCCUCUUUCUGAGAAUCCACCGAAUCACAUCUUGUUCCUCACCAACCUGCCAGAGGAGACCAAUGAACUCAUGCUGUCCAUGCUUUUCAACCAGUUCCCUGGCUUCAAGGAGGUCCGUCUGGUCCCAGGGCGGCAUGAUAUCGCCUUUGUGGAGUUUGACAAUGAGGUGCAGGCAGGGGCAGCUCGUGAUGCCCUUCAAGGCUUUAAGAUUACCCAGAACAACGCUAUGAAGAUCUCCUUUGCCAAGAAGUAGCACCUUGCCCCCAUGCCUGCCCCUGCCCCUGUUCUGGGGCCACCCCUUAUCCCCCUGGCUCAGCCCCCUGAAGGUAAGUCCCCCCUCGGGGGCCUUCUCGGAGCAGUGUGUGAGUGAGUGGUCGCCACACAGCAUUGUACCCAGAGUCUGUCCCCAGACAUUGCACCUGGUGCUGUUAGGGUGGAAUUAAAGUGUUUUUUUGAGGUUUGGUUUUUCACAA